GAAUCAAAAAGAUUGAACAAUCUGGUUUGCUCAAUUUGACAGUACCACACUAAGUGUGGAUUAGGUAUUUUUUUACAUCGAUUUAAAGCGUAUUUUAUGCGACAAUCAAAAUGCUGAUCAAGGUUAAGACUCUCACUGGCAAAGAAAUAGAGAUCGACAUUGAGCCCACAGACAAGGUGGAGAGAAUUAAAGAAAGAGUGGAAGAGAAGGAGGGGAUUCCACCUCAACAACAAAGACUAAUCUACAGUGGAAAACAGAUGAACGAUGAGAAGACUGCUGCAGACUACAAGAUCCAGGGAGGCUCAGUUCUGCAUCUGGUCCUGGCGCUAAGAGGAGGGCUAGUCUGCCACUGUAACAGAAUACAACUCAUCGUCUAGUGGGCAGUGGGGCCGGCCUUGUGCCAACCCACAUGUUUCUGUCAUUGUCACUCACACCAUGUUGCAACACAGAGCAGCAAAUUGCCACUGGUGUGGCACUAAUGUUCUU